AUGUCCAACAUUGAGGAAGCCCUUAAGAAACUCUUCUCUCAUAAAGACGAUACAAAAUCCGUCGUGUUCGAAUGGGACCAUAAGAACAAAGUAGCCAUCAUUACACAUGAAGGAGUAAAUGGGUUGGAUGAUGUACGGGCUCAUCUUGAUGCUUCUAAAGUCAUGCUUGCCCUCUUUGCUGUAAAAUCCAUUGAUAAAGAUGACUCUGUUGAGACUCAAAGAACCUACUAUGUACAAUUACCAUUUGUUGGAGUGAAUGUAAAGCCUUUGUUGAGAAGAGAUUUGAAUUCAUUGCGAAAUGCCAUCACCAAUGCCGUGAAGAGUGGUUUGAAUGUACAUGUAACCAUGGAGAUUACAAGCGUGGAGGAUAUUAAAGUCGAUGAAUUGGAAAAGAGGCUUCUCAAUGCAUGUGGAUCUCAUAAACCCAAGGGUUUCCAAUGGUAA